UGGGGUUAGGACGAAGGUGCAAAGUGCCCGAAAGAGACAAGUGCAUCUUAAUCUUCACCAAAAUAUAACAACAGUAUAGAUUUUAGACCCGCACUGGACUCGUUUUAAGCUUUUAAAACUUGUCCGGUGGCUUGUUUCCACUCAGGACUACAUUUCCCAGAUCGACCCGGGCCGAUGACGUACAAUUUAUGCGCCGAUCUUUACAGUCUUUCAGGAGAUCUUUAUUAGCUACAUGGUUAUUACAAAAUACUAAGGAAACAUCCACUGUGGGCACCAUUAGCUCGUUAGCACACGUCACCAUGGUGAUGAAGUCAGCAGUCGAGGAUGAUGAUGCUGGCUGGGGGUUGGGCAUCCCAGAAAAGAUGAAGAACAAUGCCAACUGGGUUGAUAUUACACAUGAAUUCAAGGGCGCAUGCAAAGAGUUGAACCUUGGAGAGUUGCUUCAUGACAAACUGUUUGGCCUGUUUGAGGCCAUGUCAGCCAUAGAGAUGAUGGAUCCUAAGAUGGACGCAGGAAUGAUUGGAAACCAGGUCAACAGGAAAGUGCUCAACUUUGAACAAGCCAUCAAGGAAGGUGCCAUCAAGGUGAAAGACCUUAGUCUUCCUGAACUUAUUGGGAUCAUAGACACAUGUUUCUGCUGUUUGAUUACGUGGCUAGAGGGACACUCCCUGGCGCAGACUGUGUUCACCUGUCUGUACGUGCAUAACCCCGACCUGAUUGAGGAGCCAGCCCUUAAAGCCUUUGCCCUGGGCAUCCUUAAGGUGUGUGACAUCGCCAGAGAGAAGGUCAACAAAGCUGCUGUGUUUGAGGAGGAGGAUUUCCAGGCCAUGACCUAUGGCUUCAAGAUGGCCAAUAAUGUCACAGACCUGCGGGUGACAGGUAUGCUGAAAGAUGUGGAGGAUGAGUUGCAGAGGAAAGUUAAGAGCACGCGUAGUCGACAGGGUGAGCAGCGAAACCCGGAGGUUGAGCUGGAGCAUCAGCAAUUUUUGGCACUUUUCAAUAGAAUCAAGUUCACUCGCCUUCUACUGACUGCACUGAUCACCUUCACCAAGAAAGAGACCAGCUCGGUUGGCGAGGCCCAGAAGCUCGUGGCUCAGGCAGCUGACCUCUUAUCAGCCAUUCAUUCCAGUAUUCAGCAUGGCAUCCAGUCACAGAAUGAUACCACCAAAGGAGACCAUCCCAUCAUGAUGGGCUUUGAGCCCCUGGUAAACCAGAGACUGCUGCCACCUACCUUUCCUCGCUAUGCCAAGAUCAUAAAGAGGGAGGACAUGGUGGCCUACUUUGGCAAACUCAUAGAACGCAUCAAGACCGUCUGUGACGUGAUCAACACCACCAACCUGCAUGGCAUACUGGACUUCUUCUGUGAGUUCAGUGAGCAAUCUCCCUGCGUGCUCUCCAGAUCUCUUCUUCAAACAACGUUCCUGAUAGAUAAUAAGAAAGUGUUUGGGACCCACCUGAUGCAGGACAUGAUUAAAGAUGCUCUGAGAUACUUCGUCAGCCCACCUGUCCUCUCCUACAAGUGUUGUCUGUUCAACAACCACCAGGCCAAGGACUACAUUGACUCCUUUGUUACGCACUGCUCCAGGCCAUUCUGCAGUCUGAUCCAGAUCCACGGACACAACCGAGCUCGGCAGAGAGACAAGCUUGGUCACAUACUUGAGGAGUUUGCCACACUGCAGGACGAGGCAGAAAAGGUGGAUGCAGCCCUGCAUAGCUUGCUGAUGAAACUUGAGCCUCAGCGACAGCACCUAGCCUGUCUCGGCACCUGGAUCCUCUACCAUAACCUGCGGAUCAUGAUCCAGUACCUGCUGAGUGGCUUUGAACUGGAGCUGUACAGCAUGCAUGAGUACUACUACAUCUACUGGUACCUGUCGGAGUUCCUGUACGCAUGGCUGAUGUCCACUCUGAGCAGAGCAGACUCCUCUCAGAUGGCAGAGGAGCGGAUUCUGGAGGAGCAGCUGAAAGGACGCAGCAGCAAAAAGACCAAGAAGAAGAAAAAAGUUCGUCCUCUCAGCAAGGAGAUUACGAUGAGUCAGGCAUACCAGAACAUGUGUGCUGGCAUGUACAAGACUAUGGUAGCUUUGGAUAUGGACGGGAAGGUGCGUAAGCCUCAGUUUGAGUUGGACAGUGAGCAGGUUCGCUAUGAGCAUCGUUUCGCCCCCUUCAACAGCGUGGUAACCCCCCCACCUGUGCACUACAUUCAGUUCAAGGAGAUGUCUGAUCUGAAGAAGUAUAAUCCUCCGCCAGGCUCCGCUGACCUCUAUCUGGCCGCCAGCAAACACUUCCAGCAGGCCAAGCUCAUCCUAGAAAAUGUGCCCAGCCCAGACCCUGAGGUGAACCGUAUACUGAAGGUGGCCAAGCCCAACAUUGUAGUCAUGAAGCUCCUGGCUGGAGGCCACAAGAAGGAGACCAAGGUGCUCCCAGAAUUUGACUUCUCAGCUCACAAGUACUUUCCUGUGGUCAAGAUUAUCUGA